AUGAUUUGCAUCAUACUCAGCUAUAAUCACUGCACAGUUGAGGCAAUUGCUUUAAAGGAUACGGAAUCAUCAGUUGAAGAUAAAACAACGAACAAUGUGAACUGGAAUCGAUUUCGUCGUCAGUCAUUUGAGGAUAUCGAAACAGUGAAAGCCAUUUUGUCUAUUAUUCCACUUGAUCAAAUUGGUGCCAUUAUUGGUCAAGUACUGGCAAUCGGUGUACAAAAUAUGUUUGAUUCAAAUGCUGGUGAUCGCAUUUUGAAUAUGUUGCAAGAACAAGCGCCAACCAUAUUGACCGGAUUAUUUUCAAAUUUAUAUGGAUUAGCAAAACCACCAGCAAAAAAAGUUGAUAAUCAAAAUGUCAUUAGCAUUUCUCAAAGUUCAAGUUUAACAACAGCAGCUUCAUCUAAAUUAAGAAAUGGUAGUUCUGUUGCAAAUGUUGGCUACAAGACACAAAUGGAUUCUAUAUUACUCAGUUCGUUGUUUAAAAAAUAA